UAUAUAUAUAUAUACAUAAAUAUUCAUAAACCAAUAUUAUUUUAUAUACAUAUAUAAUAUAUUGUAUACAUAAUAAUAUCGAUUAUUAUUUAUUACUCGUUGUAGUCGGGUCCGUCGAAAAAUAAUCCGCGCUCGCUCGAUAUUAUAAUAAUAUUAAUUAAUGUAACACGUUUCUGACGGAAUAAAAUCGACCGAUCGGCAUAAUCGUAGUACACGGAUCGUUAUUGUUAAUGUUACACCGAUAAACGUGUUUUUAUGUUUUUCGAUUUAUAUUAAACCGUUAAGAAAAGUGUGCGAAACGAUUAAAAUAUUCAUAUAAUAGGUGUUUGUUCUGUGAUAAUACUAUAAUACCAUGUCGAGUCUGGAUAACCCGACAGCGACGUCGGUUUACGACGAUUGCGGCAACACGACCUUGGCAGUCGAGAACGAUUUUUCGCGUCGGCCGUCCUGCAGAAACGACCAGUCUUCUGGAAGAAAAAAGCUAACCUUAACACCAGAACUAAGAAAAUUAUCAUUUGAUUUUAUAAAGACACAAUGUACUUACAGUGAUUCUAGAUUUAUUCGUUUAAAUAGCUUACAAUAUUUGAAAAAUAAAGAGAUUACCUUAGAAGAAAACAUGGAGCUCAUUAGUGAAAAUAUAUUAGUAGAAAGGAAAUAUUUCCAAGAUGUUGUUGACAGUUUACUAAGUCAAGUGGUACAGCUGGAAGAAAAUAUUGACUUGAAAACAAUCAAGAUCGAAAACUUGCAACUGUACAACUCGGAAAAAUUGAAAAUUAUUAACUCACUUACAACAGCACUUAAUGAAACCAAGUGGAAGCGUGACACGAUGCAACAGUUAUGUGAAGAACAUGCGCCAAACAUUCUUUACAAAAGUAUGUUGCUUGUCAGUAGUAUUUUGGAUAAAAUAUCUAUUUUUAAAUCUAAUCAGGAUAAACUACAUUCAUGUUUGACCAACUUGGAAGAAAAUUGUCCAUUAGUUAAAGCAGUGAAACAGCUAAAAUCUGGUUGUGAUAAAUGUAUCAGUAUUAUUGAGAAAGCUACUAUCAAAGAACUAUCUUACGCAUUAAUGAACGAGAAUGACUUUAAUAACACUAUAAAACACACCAUUUCCAAUCUACAACAUUUCCAAUCCAAUAUACCACUUGACUAUAAUUCUACUAUUGAAAAUAUUGGUUUAUUGAAAAUCUCUCAGGAUAGUGAACUUAAAUUAAAGGAUAUGAUCAGCUUAUGGGAAUUAGUUAAGAAUUUGUUCCAGAAACAUCAGUAUCUGACAAAUAAAAUCAUUUCACUCAACAUGCAAAAAAUUGGUUUGCAGUUACAACUUGAUGAAAUGGAGAAUAAUAGGAAAGAGCUCGAACUAAAAGCUAUGACAGAAAUUGAAGUAGUGGAAAAAAAAGAAGAAUUAUUAAAUCAAAAUGAAUCAAUAAUUCAACAACAUUGGGAUGAAAUAGAUACUAGUCAAGAAAUAGUAAUACAAACUCAAAGAGCUCAAGACAUUGAUCAAGAAUUAGAAGAUCUUCAAAUAGAAUACCUCAGUCACGACAAUGAUAAUAGACAGUUAAAAACAGAUUUGUGUCAUCUUGAAAAUGAAUUUUCCGAAUAUCAGCUCAAAUGUAAACAAUUGGAAAUUGAGAACAAGCAAAUUGAAAUCGAAAAAAGUGAAAUUUUAGAUGCAUAUGCCAAAUCAUGGGGACAUUACAAUGAAAAACAAAAGAUCAAAUACACUGGGAGGCUUAUUAAAGACAUAGAUUCCAUUACGCAGGAAAUUAAAUCAUUAGAACUGGAAUUUGAAAAACAAGUACAUAAUGUUACAUCUACUGUCCGAACUCCAGUUUUUAGUAAAACUCAAUCAAAGUCCGAAAAAAUCACACGGUCAUUUGGAGUUAUUGAUACACACAAACGUCAAAACAAAAGCUUGUUUCGGGAAGGUGUUGUCCGUAAUUUACGUUACUAAUGAUCAAAUUAGUUUACCUCAAUAAUAUAGUGCUGUCAACUGCGUUUUCACUAUUUUACGACUGAUUUUAUUUUAUUAUUUUUUCAACCAAUUACAUAUGUUAAUUAAAUUAAUUAUUUUUUAGGUAUUAUAUAUUUUUUUUAAUUUUAACAUUCAUAUUUGA